AUGAAGAUCGAGAAAGAGCUAACACACCCAAUCCACCCGCGCCACAAGCUACGUCUCGAGUACACUGAAACCCCUUACAACUGCGACGGGUGCAAGGAAGCUGGCAUUGGCUACAAAUACAAAUGUCACCAAUGUGCCUUCACCUUACACAAGGCGUGCGCCAUUGCCGCGCCACGAACCACCCACCCGUUCUACCAAAAAUGCGAGUUCAAAUUAUACUACCAUCCCCCCGGCAAAUGCAAGCGCGUAUGCGAUGCAUGUAGAACCUACGUGCAUGGAUUUGUGUACCAUUGCGAUAGCUGUGACUUUGAUUUACAUCCUUGUUGCGCGAACCUCCCGCAAGUCCUCGACGAUGGGAAGCGCGAUCUUUACCUUUGUAGCAAGCUAUCUAGCUCGUGUCACGGCUGCGGUGGAACGGGGCUCGGUUGGUCUUAUAGGUCGCAGUGCGGGGCGUAUAAUCUUCAUCUUUCGUGUGUGAAGGAGAUGCUGGUGGAGAGCUGGUUGGCUGUGUAUUUGAAUGUGGAUAAGAAUAGGGUUAGGCAAAUGGUUACGAGUAUUCCAAGGCUUAAGGGGUCGCUGCAAAACCGUCCUGUGGUAAGAGGGUCGGUUGGGAAGUAUGGUCAGAUGGCUGGUGCUGCAGCUCGUGCUGUUGUCUCGGCCGUUUUGGGGGACCCUACGGCUAUGGUUGCAGCUGUGGUUAGUGGCAUCGUGUCCAAGUGA